AUGGAUGAUAGAAGGAAAUAUUUUUUAAAACAUCAGUUUAUUGCAAGGAAGUAUGAUUUACAAACGACAUCAACUAAACUUGUAUUACAUAACUGGUUGAAUCCAAAGACAAAUCACUUAAGGGAUUUCGAUUCAACUUCAGUUAAUCUACAGAAAUCUAAAAAAUUGAUUAAAAGAAAAAGUGUACAAAACAAGUCGGGGAAAACCAACACCCAAGGACAGCCAUUUAACGAUCAAGAUAAUAAAAAUAAUUGCCUAAUGAAACAUAAUAGACAUAUAAAUUGUUUCACUUCAACAUUGAAAAUGUUACCUAAUCAAAGAUAUUCAACUAUGGUCAAUAAUGUGAAAAACUGUUUUUUUCAACGAUAUGAAAUGCAUAGAAACGAAUGUAUAUUUAAACGACUGAAAAACCUUUGGAAAGAACAAUUCGAUGUAUAUAUCUUACCUGUAAUAAGAAAAUGGAAUAAUAAUAUGAAAAAAAGUGAAAUGAAAUGUACAAGUACACAAAUGACACUAACAACUGAUAGGCUUGAUAAUAAUAGUUCAAUUUUAACUGAACAAUUUAAAAUGAAUAACAUGAAGUUGGAAAGUAUUGAUGAUGACAGUAUGUCAGUUAACUGUAGUACACUAUCAAGUAUUUUAUCAUCAUUGAAAGAUAAUUUAUUAGAUAAUACAAAUUUUGAUGAAAAUUAUCUAAGAAAUUUUGAGAAAAAUUAUGUAUUCAAUGAUUCAACAGAAUCAACUAAUUCAACAAUAUACUUGUAUUGUUCAACAUGUAGCUAUAUUGUUGUUUGCCAUAAUCUUGAUGAACUAAAACAAUUCGAUAUAACAGAAUCUAAUCUAUCUUCAUCUGCAUACUACUUGACCUAUGAAGAUGAAGAAGAUAUCUGCGAGGAAUUCAAAAACGAUGAAGGUGAUUCAUUUUGCAUUGAUUACUUAAAUCCAGCAUAUGAAUGGAUCAAAUCAAACCGUCCUUGUUCUGCACCACCAAAAUUAAUCUCUCAAGUCCAUGGAGAGCCAAUAUAAAUGAAAUCAGGAUAUAUUGUUUGUAAACUGGUCUAAAUUACCUAUGAAGACUAUUCCUAAAAAAUGAUCAUUAUAUUUUCCUGAAUAAUA